AAAGUAAGCGAGCGUGAAGGGGGUGACAUAACUAUAAAUCUUAGACUGCUAUAUCGGUAGCACUUCUCAAGGCUCUCCGGCAAUUACUUGUGAACUCCUGAUUCGAUGCCAUCUUCGGGACUCGGACCAUCUACCUUCACAUUUCUGUUAAGCCUCACUAGCGUUACCGAUGUCUUUGUACACCGAUUUCCGCCUAGCUCUCGAUUCCUCGGUCGAAAGGAUCUAAAGUACUGCGGCACGGGCCAGAAGGUUACUCAGCUUUCCUGCAGCGUGGCUCGCUCGCUGCAUGGAUAAUAUGCAAAAAAGUCUCGAAUAAUUCAAGGUGUGAAAUCUUUGCACCAGCGUGCAGCGUCGCAACCUGGGGCUCAGUAGUUCUUGGUCGAUCCUGUGACCGACACACCAAAACAUGUUUUAAGAUUUGGGUCGCGUGACGUCACGCGCGCGAUUAACGAUGUCAAGGUCUAGACUUAAUCGGGG